AAACAAGGUUCAUAAGAAGUGGUUCCGGAGAUAAAGACUUUCCUUCCGUGCUAAAGAGAAUUGAAGAAUAAACAAACAAUAUAGCUCUAAAAACAAACCCUAUUUAGAGACGCAAGGGGUUGGUGGAAUGUGGUGGAACUCCACAGGAUUACACACAGUAUGCAGAGCAAGCUGUGACUGAGUACCAGUCCACAUUGACAUCAACGAACCUAAAUUAGCAAAAGCGUCUGGUCCUCUAACUACCAUGGGGAAAAAGGCUGCAAAACUAGAACAAAAUUCGUGGCCGAUGCAGCUUGCUGCUUAGCAAAAGUCUCAAGCAAUUGCUAUGUUGUAAACACAGUGAAUGUUACGUGACAAUUUGUGGCUAGUUGAAGUUGGGUGCAACCAAUCGGAAGAGCUGUUGCACCGACUGAUGUGAUGAUGUAUUUAUGAGGAAUGGGUGGCUCAUGUCAUAGUGUUCGUAUCGAGUCCAAGUCGUAUUGGUAUAGACCAAGUCUAACAUAGACCCGAAGCGGAAGCAGACGAGAAAUUCUCAAAUCUUUUAUCGAUUAAAAUCAAUUUUUAGGACAGACUGAAAUACUUUAUAUGGAAAAAGAAGAAAACAGAAUAAUAUCCGAACACCGUUUGAAACCAAAACUGUACAGACAUGGAAGGGGAAGCAGAGAGUCAAGCCAACAGUCGAUUCAACCGGAUUUACCAAUGGUUUUUAUGUGGUUUGAGUUUUACCGUACAGUUCCUCGUGCUCGGUUUUUACAAGGGAUUCGGCUCAAUAUAUGUAGCCCUACAAAAUGAGUUUCAGGAGAGCGACGCCCUUACCGCUUGGACUGGAUCAAUAUCCUUUGCAUUGACCUACAUGCUAACGCCACUGACAUUCAAGAUCUGUACCAAAUAUGGAUUCCGGAUCACCAUGUUUGUUGGCUCAAUCUUUUAUGGCCUAGGUCUGUUGACCUCCUCAUUUGUCCCGGGUAUUCCAUACCUUUAUUUGACAUUUGGAGUUCUCUUUGCCAUUGGCCAAAGUCUUUGCUUUAGCGCGUCAAUCCUGAUCCUGCCCGAAUACUUCACAAAAAACUGGUCUUUGGCUCAUGGGAUAGCACUAUGUGGCAACAGCAUUGGUGCACUGGCACUCGCCCCUAUAAUGGAGAUAAUCCUUACAACUUACGGAUUCAAACUUGGGUUUCAAAUGGCUAGUGGAGCAGCAAUCUAUAUAAUGAUUGCAUCAAUGUUCUACAUAAGGCCUAAGAAGAGCAAGCAAACAGAAAAUACACAGGGACCCAAGAAAGAAGGAGCAAGACCAGUGCUUCCUCUGAAGAAGAACAAGGCUUAUAUCACAUUCAUAACUGGUACUACGCUGAUGCAUUUUGGGUAUUACAUACCUUUUGUUCAUUUGGUACGUAUGGCAAUAGAUCUAGGUGUGCCAAGUACAAAAGCAGCACUUCUCCCUGGCUACAUGGCAUUGGCUCAGUCAACAGGUAAAGUCAUCCUUGGAAAAAUUGCAACAUUCCCAAAGGUAGACAAAAUCAUUAUGUACCAAGUUGCUCUGCUGGCCAAUUGCCUUGCGACAACAACCUGCCCAACUAUUACAACAUAUACUGGUCUCAUUGCAUAUGCUGUUGUGUUUGGCUUACAAGAUGGUUGCACUUCAGCAAACAACAUGUUAGUUAUUGGUGACCUUGUUAGCAAGGAUCAACUGUCAUCUGGGUACAGUGUUUUUCUCCUGACUUCGGCAGCCUCAUUCCUCCUUGGCCCGCCAGUAGCAGGGCUCCUCUAUGAUAUGACUGGAACAUACUCAUUAGCAUUCUUUUUCUCUGGUGGAACUGCAGCACUUGCAAUUUGUGUUUUAUUUCAAGUGCCAAUAUUCAAAUCUACUCAAGGAAAUCCUGACCAAAUUCCUAAGUUGUUGGAGAAGAAGGAUGAAGAGGCACAGGUUCUGGUUGAUGCAGGAACCUCAUCGUCAGAGAAAGAUAAUUCAAAGCCAUCUAGCAGAGGAGAUUCAAAUGAAUACCUUCACAUGAGCAUAGAAAACAAGACCAAGAAUGCCCAUAUGUACCUAAGAGCAGUUUGGAAUAAUGAUAGGACUGUUUUGAUGAUGCCUGAUGACUCGUUCAGUCAGAAGAAAAAAGCAGCAUCAGUGAACAAUCUGCUAAUGUCAACUGCUGUUUUCCCAUUGAUCACCACACAAGAGGAUCUUGAGGGGUCAAUUGAACCUGAAACCGGCAUUUAAACUUGCAAGCGUAAAACUUUUUGAGAGAAAUAGAUCCAAUUUGAUAACAUCAAAAGGAAUAAUUCAGUUGAUACACAGAUAUGUCAGCAAAGGCUCAGUUCAUACAAGACAUUAAAGUAAACCACACUGAAGCCUAUACAGUUUAAGCAAACAUGUUUUAGAGUUUGCUUUGAGCUAGUAAGAGGCUGACCACAAAUGAUAUCUGAAACAACACUCUACCCCAAGGAAGAGGGAUAGCAACAAGCCUUGUUUCAGAGCCUGUUCAAAAUGUUACGUAAUUCUACCGGAAACCGGACAAGAUAGAGCCCUGAACAUCUCUUUGAAAUAUUAAUUUGGCAAAUGUGUUUAGUCUACAUUAUGAAUACACAAUUUAUGGCAGGUUAGCGAUAUGCAAUCUAGAAUAAAAUGUUUAACGGCCUGUUUGAGCUGCUGUAAAAACUUGAGCAGUGCAAUUUUUGCAAUGUAGUUUAGCUUCCCAGUAUCAUAGUUAGGGGGAGGCAAAGACAUUUUUAAAAAGGGCUUUUCCUGGUGUUCUAAAGGUUGUGAGCUUCCAUUUCCCCUCACUGAAUUUGCCUUAGCCCCCUGCCCCCAAACUCUACCAUCCUGGCUAUGCGACUGAGAGUAUGUCCUGUUUUAUCACAUCACCUUGCUUGAAGUUCAAAGAUAUCAUUUAAAAUAAUUUGAUUAAAUGUAGCAGAAUUAUAGUAUAUACUUAUAAUUUAAGAAAUUUAUCAUGUUCGAUAUAUCUUCAGUUUACAGCAACUCAAAUCUUGGCUAUCCCUAAUAGCUUUGGUUGGAGCAAACAUUUGUCAGCUGUAUUGUGAAUGAGUUUAAGAACAACUUGUUAUGAACAUCUUCCAGUUCUUAACAAGAAUAUUUUGCAAACUUUUUAGAAUAUCUAGUUUAACUUGUUUUACUUUGUGUUUUCAAGAAUAUCAGUUUCAGGAAAACCAGGUUCCUUUAGUUCUGAAAUGUAAAAAAACCCGAUUGCCAUUAUUCAGACAAAGCUUAUCUUUUAAGAGACUUUUCUAAAUCACUGGCUAUACCAGCCACCAGUUCAAAUAUUGUAUGUUAUCUCUUAAGUGUAUAGUAACUUAUGGUUUUCAAAAGCUGUAUUGCCCUGAGAGGAUUGCGUUAGGAUAGCAUUUUUUCUAUCCUUCUGUCUAGGAUAGCAUUACUAAAUUAAUUAGCAGUAAAUUAACCUUUCUAAUAUUAUUGAAAUAGAACAAUUUUCCAA